AGGGAAAAGGUCGCCGUCGGGUAUGGAGGCGUAUCGCGUGAAGAACUUUAUUUUACCCUUAGGAGGAGCUCUACUCUUAUCUGGUGUCGCUGGAACGAUCUAUUAUUACCUGACGAAGAAGGAUGACGAGGAUGAGCGUGUAUUGCCUGACACAAGAAAUAAUCAAUGGACAAGUGCAGAAGUGCGUGUCCCAACUGAAUGUGUUGGUCUGGUCAUAGGGCGGCAGGGUGCCAAUGUCAAACUCAUCCAGGAACGAACCGGCACAAAGAUCAACUUUUCAGAUGAAGAAAUUGAUGGGCAUAGAAUAUGUCUUAUACGAGGCCCGGAAGAAAAUGUCACCACAGCACAGAAACUUGUUUUUAAAGCCGUUUCGGAUCAGCCUGUCAUUGAAUCAACUGAAAUGUUUGUUCCUCAGUACUCUGUUGGGAGGAUUAUUGGCAGAAGUGGGGAGAGCAUAAGAUCUGUGUCACGAAUAAGCGGUGCAAAAGUUGACGUAGAAAGAGAGGAAGAGCAGUCACAGUUGAUCAGAAACCAAGAGGAUAUGAGGAGGAUAGUACUCAAAGGCAGCAAAGAACAGAUAGACGCAGCCAAAUCCCUGAUCUUAGAGAAGGUUGCAGAGGAGGAGGAAAUGAGACAGCAGAUUCAGGCCUCGGCGGUUAACAUGUCAAUGAGAGCAAGAGGUCGGCAAACUCCUCUGGAAAAUGGGGGCAGUGAGGCAGCCAUGAAUGGGUCUAUGCACCAGGAAUAUCUGUCUAUGCCAGGCAGUGAUCGUUUUAUUGAAACAUAUGUAUCUGCAGUGGACUCCGCUGCACAUUUUUGGCUUCAGGUUGUAGGGCCAAGGUCCAUUCAACUAGAUAAGUUAGUGACAGAAAUGACAGAGUACUAUGAGGAUGAAGACAACCGUGAACUCCAUGUGCUUGAAAAGGUGAAGAAAGGCGACAUAGUAGCAGCCAAGUUCCCACACGAUGAUUCAUGGUACAGAGGACAAGUUUGCGGUUAUGAGCCCAAUGAGGAUGACCCCUCUCAGAGCCUGGUCACGGUGUAUUACGUUGAUUUUGGAGAUACGGAAACCAUCAAAAUGGAUUGUGUAUUUGAGCUCAGAACAGAUUAUCUUAAGCUCAACUUUCAAGCUAUUGAAUGCUUUUUAGCGAACAUUAAAACUGAAAGUGUAAAAGGGGAUGAGGCUGCAGACGCCUUUGAAGAACUGACCUAUGCAGCCCAGUGGCGAGUAGUAAUGGUGAAAGUAGUUGGUUAUCAGCAGGGAGGUGACAAGACUAUACCAUGUGUCCGUAUCAUAGACACCAAUGGACCUACAGACAUUGAUGUUGCUGAAGAAUUAGUUAAACGAGGAUUAGCAGAAUGGACAAAUGGGGGUCCAUCCACUCCAUAGGGAUCUUAAGAAUCAAGUAAUUACCAUUAAGAUGUGAUUGCUACAUCGAUUUCUGGUUGCUUUCACUUCAGGUCCGUCACUCCACAAGCAUGUGGAUCAAUCACUUUGUAGAGGGACACAAAGAGAAUGUGAUGAAAUAGGAAAAUUUCUCCUUUGGAACAUCAUUCAGCCCAUUUAUGACACUACAAAGCAUUUAUAGGUUACUCAGGGUAAUAUAUGUCAGAGAGUUCAAGUAAAGAAUGAGGGGAAUAAAAAUAUAUUGGGAUUGCAUUUGAUAUUCUUGUUCCCAGCGCACCAGGAUAUAAAUGUAAAUGUGAAUAAAUUUAAAGUCAUAUACUUUUCAGUUGAAGAUUUACUUUUUUGAUAGAUGUGCAGAGGGCUUUCAAUGUAUUUGUGAGGGAUAUGAACAUCAGGAUGAACAUAGAGAAUUGUUUGUAAAAAGAGAGGACUAUAUUACAAUUGCACUAAGUCUAUCUGAAGAAAAAGUGUUCUAUGCAUCCUGUGUGUUGUUGCAAGUUAAGGGGAAUAUAGACUAAACAGUGUAAGUGGCAAUUUAACCAAUCAUGAUGGGGCCAGAAUUUUGUGACGUAAUUAUUACGCAACAGUUUGGUCUCUGGCAGGGUUUGUGCUAGGUACAGUUGGCCCACUCGCUCACUCGCUAGAGCAAGUCAUGAUGUGUAUACACGUAUUACAUGAUUAAAUCAUGACGGGUAUAGCUAUACUUGUCACUGAGGGGUUAAAUAGUCCAAAGUGAGGACAUUUCAAGAGGACACAAGAAGACUUUACCUAAAGUUAACUCAUUGGUCAUGGGUGCAUGUCCUGUCCACUGUAGCUUUUAGGGAAUUUUGUUGCACACAGAUGGCUCUACAAGUAAUCAGCCUCUAAAGAGGCAAUUAGGAAGCCCUAGUGACUGCACCUGAUUUUCCCUUUCCUUUAAUUAGUGGAAUCCCCCCACCCCCAAAUGUAAUUAAUAUCAAUUUUGUUAUUAUUAUUAUUUACAUUGUAAUUAUCAUGCCAUGAAAGUACUAAUAACAGUAAAACAUAAAGAAUAUUUCUGAAAAUCAAGGAAAAGUUUAAAGAUGUGAGAUAGGUAGGACUAAUAAUUGACUCCUUGGUAGCUAAGGCCUUAUGGAGCCAUCCUUGUCUAAACACAAUUAUUACUCUAAAAUUACAGUGGACAUAACAUGUAUGUCCUGCCAUCCACAGGCAAUGGGUUAAAAGUAGUGAUUUAUUUGCCUAGACUGUUAUUCUGCUCUUUUAGUUGAUUUUGAAGCAGUAGAUUUAUUAAAUUUAUACCUCUGUGGGUUGUGUAAAAAUUGUUUAAAAAGAAAAACAAUUGGAUGCUGAUGAUAAGCUGGGCAUGUAAGGUCAUGUUUUAAUUGAAAUUGUAUGUCAGUAUUCAUUUAGCUUCAUGAUAUAAAUGAA